AAAGGGCGAUAGGUGCAGAGGAGUUUCCGUUGAGUUAUCCAUUCCCAUCCCCUCUCAGAGAUUUCUCUUUCUAGAUUUUCUCUGUUCUCCCGCACAAAUUAGGGUUUUUGCGAAUCUUCGUUCUUUGAAUUUGAAUCCAUCACUUCAGCCAUGGUUUCUGAUUCCAUCCCCACCGCUUCGAUUCCUUCAGCCGCGAACACAAAAAAUUUGGGCAAGAAGAAGAGGACCAACAGGUCGGCUAAAUUGAAGCAGUGCAAGAUUGACGCUCGGCGAGAGCAAUGGCUUUCUCAAGGUGCGGUCAAGAAUAAAGGACGCAUGGACGCAGGGGACAACAAUCAUGCGCCAUCAAUGGCUGGUGCAAAAGAUAGCAAACGUUCACUGGAGGAAUUGGAAAUGAGGUCUAGGGGCGAAGAUAACGAUGGAUCUGUUCGUCAAGACAGCGAUGUGGAAUCGCCAUCCAAUAGUCCCACCAGUGUUAAUAGCAGCGUGUUGGGCAGUAAUAAUUCUGGAACAAUUUUCACCGGUAGCAGCAGCAGCAGCAGUGCCGGAUGCUGCUCUGGGAACAUUACGGACGAAGAAGAAGAGGGUGAUGAUGGGUGCUUUGAUGAUUGGGAGGCUGUGGCAGAUGCUUUAGCCGCCGAUGAGAAGCAUCAAAACCCGUGUUCAGAGUCGCACCAGGAACAUGAAACUACUGUUCAAAUGGAUUCGCCUGUUGAAAGAGCAAACGGGUCAGGUUUAGGAGCGCAGAAUUUCCAACCUGAGAGUGCUAGGUUAAUUUCUCAGGCUUCUGGCAAUACGCGAGCUUGGAGGCCUGAUGAUGCUUUUCGCCCUCAGAGUUUGCCCAAUCUUUCAAAGCAGUUCAGUUUACCAAAUCCCGACAGGCGAUGUGGAGGAGGAAUUGCAUGGGCUCGUGCUGCGGUGCCUCAUUCUUGUCCUAUAUGUUGUGAGGAUCUUGAUUUGACAGACUCAAGUUUUUUACCUUGCCCGUGUGGCUUCCGGCUUUGCCUUUUUUGCCAUAAGAGAAUUCUUGAGGAAGACGGCCGCUGUCCUGGGUGCAGGAAGACUUAUGAGUGCGAACCUGUUGAGACAGAGGCAAGCGUGCACGGGGGCAGCUUGACUCUUCGGCUAGCUCGUUCAUGUAGCAUGAUCGAAAGGAUUUGGUGUUAUGAGUGGUAAAUAACCUUUGAUUUACAUUGGGAAAAAAAGGAAUAUUGUGUCUCUCUGCUUGUGGACUACGCCUCUGUGGUUGGAGUUUUUUUAACCCAGUUGGAAACUGAACAGGCAGCACUAUCGUUUGAGAUGCGGAAUUUUUGGGUCAUAUUUACCUAUAUAUCAGGUUGCUAGUCAAGUGUGAAUGUUAACAUUACAUAUAGUAGGCGUGUCAUUUAAAUAAACUGUCACUAAUUAUAACGUUUUGGGAAGUAUUGUAUGUCUAGGCCAAAUAAAUAUUGUUAUGUCUACUAUU